GGCGCUCUUUCCGCCGGGGUGCGGACAUGUGGCGGCACGGGACGGCAGCGCGCGGGAGGCGCGGCGCGCGACGCCGGCUGCCCCGGUAGCGGGGUGCGCGCGGGCGGCACCGCAAGGCCCGAGGCCGUGACCAUGCUGGGGGGGGACGAGUUCAUCAGCUCCCCGCCCAGAAAGACGGUGCGGUUCGGGGGGACCCUGACGGACAUCUUGCUCAAGUACCAAAAGGGUGAGACCACAGAGUUUGAGUUGUUAAAGCAUCAGCUGUCAGACCCAGACAUCAAGGAUGCCCAGAUCAUUAAUUGGCUGCAUGAAUUUCGAUCUGCUGUUGUGUAUUUGACUAAAGAGCUUGAACAACUGGUCAGCAUUUUGCUGAAGCUGCCGUGGUUGAGAAGAAGCCGAGAGGUAGUGGAAGAGUAUCUGGGUUUUCUUGGCAAUUUAGUGUCAGCACAAACUGUCCACCUUAGGCCGUGCCUCCUGAUGAUUGUGUCCCAGUUUGUCCCCCCUCGAGUAACCAUCAGAGAAGAUGAUGUGGAUAUUUCAGAUUCUGAUGAUGAUGAUGAAAACCUCUCUGAAAACUUUAACACAUGCCACAGAGCAUUGCAAACUGUUGCAAGAUAUGUUCCUUCGACACCGCAAUUUCUCAUGCCAAUACUUGUGGAAAACUUCCCUUUCAUUAAUAAAUCAGAAAGGACUCUGGAAUGUUAUGUUCAUAACCUGCUGCGAGUUACUGUGUACCUUCCAACUCUGAGGCUUCAAAUUCUGGAGCUCAUUAUUGAAAAGCUGUUAAAGUUGGAUGUCAGUACUCCACAGCAAGAGAUUGAAGAUGCUGAAGAAGCUGCUAAUAACUCUGGUAGUGAGGAAAAAUCUACAGAGGAGGGACUUUUUGACAUGGAGGAAGAUGAAGAAAGAAGAGGAAACAAAGCUGUAUCUUGUAGUAGUGAGAGAAUGGCCCAUCCACUUGCAGAGCGACUUGAUAUUUUGAUGACCAUCCUGUUUUCCUAUAUUAAAGAUGUUUGCCAUGUAGAUGGCAAACUUGAUAUUAACAACACAAAGGAUUUGUAUCGGGAUCUGGUAUCUGUUUUUGACAAGCUCAUUUUACCAACCCAUGCUUCAUGUCAUGUACAGUAUUUCAUGUUUUACAUCUGUAGCUUUAAAUUGGGGUUGGCUGAGGCGUUUUUAGAUCAUCUUUGGAAAAAACUGCGUGAUCCAAACAAUCCUUCAGUGAUCAGGCAGACUGCUGGGACUUACAUUGGCAGUUUCUUGGCAAGAGCUAAAUUCAUUCCAGUCGUUACAGUAAAAGCAUCCCUGGAUCUUCUGGUGAACUGGUUGCAUAAAUAUAUUGAAAGUCAGGAUACAGGGGCUAACUCUUACUGUGAUGUAGCUCUCCAUGGGCCAUUUUAUUCUACGUGUCAGGCCGUGUUCUAUACACUCAUUUUCCGUCAUAAACAACUUUUGGAUGGAAAUUUAAGGAAAGGUCUCGCAUAUCUGCAGAGUUUGAAUUUUGAGCGCAUUGUCAUGUGCCAGCUGAAUCCCCUGAAGAUUUGCAUACCCUCUGUUGUGAACUUGUUUGCUGCCAUUACCAGGAAAUACCAGUUGGUGUUCUGCUACACAAUAAUUGAGAGGAACAACAGGCAGUUUAUACCAGUUGUUCGGACGGGCACAGGGGGUGACCUCGUGCAGACGUGCACCAACCCCCUUGACAGUUUCUUCCCCUUUGAUCCAUACAUUCUUAAAAGAUCGAAGAAGACUAUUGAUCCUUUUUAUCAGUUUUGGGAAGAGCUGAGUGCUGAAGAUCUUGAGAAUCUGAAGAAACCCAUUAAAAGGGGUGCUUCUGAAGAUGAAGACGAUGACUUCUUGAAAGGGGAGACCCCUCAAAAUGAUGGUGUGGUUGGAAUUGCUCCAAAUUCUUAUGAAUCAAAUACUUUGAACAUUGGCUCCCCCCUGGAUUGUUAUGUGCCGUAUCCUCAGUGACAUGGAGAAUCAGAAGUGGAAAUGUUGAGAAUGGUGUGCAAUUUUUUUCUCUGUAAAGAGACUUUAGCUCAUCUUUGCAAACUGGCAAAUGUUUAAGUAACUACAUUUAAGAAAAGUCAUUGUUUCUUAAGCAUCAGAUUUCUACAGAUAUGUUAUGAUAAAGGUAUAUGUUGGUAGAAAAGCCUAGAGAAUAAAUAGGGUGAUAUUUUACAGAUUUCACAUUGAAAUGGAUUUUAUGGCUUAAAAGGAUUUUUUUAUAGUUUUUCCUGACUUCAAAACUUUUGUUUACUGCUUUUCUCUACAAGGUUUUAUAUAUUGGGGGUGAAAGUGUGGUCAUCCUUCCUACUGGUCUGUGAGGGGACCUAAGUUCCAUCAUCAGUACUCCAGCUGUACUCUUCGAGUGUUUCUGACUUGGUUUCAAAGCAGUGGUAUCAUCCCAUGGUAGGGAAGCCAUGAAUCAACAGUGAUUCUUUUGCACACAUCUCUUAAGCUUUUCCUGUCUGUAGAGUAUUUAGUAAAACAACAUGACAGUGGGAAGUGUAAUCAGAUGAAAAGCAUUAUUGCUCCUUAAAUACGUAGCUGACACACUUUGCAAGCUGUGAAAGUUGGGACGUGCAAAAGUGAUGAUGUUGAAAACGAAGGAGUAGCUGAAUGUAUGAUUUGUAGAUAGGUGUCUCUGGGGUGCUUGUGAAGCACUCUCAGACAGGUAUUUAUUUUCAGGGUUUGAAGUUUAUAUGUGAAUGUUGACAAGAAAAAAAAAAGACAAAAUAAUUUCCCUCUUAGAAAGGAAAUUUUUGUGCCACUGGUGUCCUUGUGUUGUCCACGUGUCAGUGUUGGUUUCUCUGCAUAAGUUUCUUGUCUUUUUUUUGUGAUUAUUUGCUUUUUAGAUUUGAGUAAGAAUAUAAAUAGUUAGGGGAAAAGUGUUAUUUGUGCUACAUUUAGUUGAAAAUAUGCAUUUGAGACUAAACUGAAUAGCUGUGCAACUCCAUUUGUUUACCCUUCUUUAGAUUCCAAACUUGGAAGUGUUCAAGAUAACAUUUUUAAUCAAAGCCAAUUAAGAUCAAUGCAACCAGCACAAAUCUUACACCUUUGAAAAAACAUCUCUGUAUGUAACUAAGGAUCUCUCAGUGUAGUUGAGCUUCUCCAAGUUAGUGUUUGUUCUCACAGAUUGCAAAACUGCGUUCUGGGGAUAAUACUGCAGUAAACAAGAGUAGAUCUUGUUCAUCACUGGGUAAAUUGAGACUUAGUUUUUGGUUUCAGUUUUAGUCCUCUUUAUUGUCAUUCCUGAGCAAUAAACAGUGGAUUUCAUCUGAAA